AUGCCAGGUUUGCAGGCCCGGUGGCCAUCAGGCAGCAGCGCCUGCGGCCGCCGUCGCCUCCAGCCGCCGCCGUGGCGCUCGAGCCUCUCGCACUUGAGCCCCUGCCCUUCUGGUGCCCAUGCAUGCAGGCUGCAGACCCUGGAGUUCUGUCACGACAAGGUCAUCCGCAGCGUGCACGCCGGCGGCGUGACGUGCCUCGACCUGGACCCCGGAGAGCAGCGCUACCUGCUGGCGGGCGCCGCCGACGCCUCCAUCGCAGUCUACGACCUUCACCAGCCCUCCCCCGCAGACGCAGCGGCGGCGCCCGGCGCGGGCGGCGGUGGCCGCACCGACCACGCCGCCCUCUUCUCCAUCACCAAGCAGGCCCCGCAGGGCCACAGGUUCAGCGUGUCGGCGGUGGCCUGGUACCCCGUGGACUCGGGGCUGUUUGUGUCGGGCGGGUAUGACUGCGAGGCCAAAGUGUGGGACGCCAACACGCUGCAGGUGGUGUGCAGCUUCUCGCUGGGCUCCCGCGUGUACGCCGCCGCCAUGUCGGCCACCGCCACCGCGCACUGCCUGGUGGCAGUGGGCGGCGGCGGCAGCGCGGUGCAGCUGUGCGACGUGGUGUCGGGGGGGUUCACCCACGCGCUGGCGGGCCACCGCGCCGCCGUCUGGGCGCUGGCCUGGUCGCCCUCCAGCGAGUGGCAGCUGAUGACAGGCGGCUGCGACGGCCAGCUGCGGCUGUGGGACAUCCGGCGGUCGGGCCCGCUCCACAUCUUUGACCAGCAUGACACCCAG